AUGUCAUUCAAUCAAUCAUUGGCGGCAGAGGAAGAGGAAUUUGUUUCCCCAUUCCAAUCCUCAAACACCAAUACUACGUCAUCCCUAUCAUAUCCAACAUCAUCAAAUGAUGAUUCUUCAGAUGUACAACAACAUUCCACUACUAGUAGUGAACAACAACAACAACAACAACAACAACAGACACAACAGACACAACAGACACAACAACCAAGAAAGAAGAAACCACAACAGAGUUCAGAUGAUGUCACUACCACCACUACAACAUCGACUACAUCGACUGAUCCAGCAUCACCUCCAGCAAUCAAGAAGCCCGAGUGGGUACCAGACAACUCAUCCAACAAGUGUGAGAUGUGCGCUUCAGAGUUUACUCUCUUCAACAGGAGACAUCAUUGUAGAAGAUGUGGACACUUGUUCUGUGGAGAAUGUUGCUCAUUGAAUGUUUCAUUGCCUCAACAGUUUGGAUAUACUACCAGAGUCAAGGUGUGCUCAAAGUGCUUCACCACAACACUCAAUGAGCGAGCCCGUGAGGAAGAGACCAUCACCGUAAACAUUGGUGGUGUCAGCAAGGAGACCAAGGUCGUGUCAGCACUACACAAGGUGUUGCUAUGGAAAAUGGGAGCACAUGAGGAUGGAGACUUUGACAGGAAUGUCAUUGAUUCAUUGGAGAACUAUCCAUCCACUGCGAUACCAGUGUCAAGAGUUCAGGACUUGAUGUUGGAGGCUGGUGAUCUUGAUGUACAGGGAUGCACUGGAUUCAGAGUCAGGAUCUACAAUCCAUCAUUGGAGCCAGGUGAGAAGAAGACAAACUUCCCCAUCCUAAUGUGGUUCCAUACUGGAGGAUUCGUCACCAAGUCAAUCGAAACACCAUCCGUCGAUGGUCUAUGCCGUCUGGUGUCCAACCAAGCUGGAUGCGUAGUUGUAUCCGUAGAUUAUAGAUUAGCUCCCGAACAUCAAUUCCCAGCAGCUGCCUUGGAUUGUUAUGCUGCAACAUGUUGGGCAGUAAAGAAGUGCUCGUCAUUCGAUGGUGAUCCCACUAGGAUCGCUGUGGCAGGUGACAGUGUUGGAGGCAACCUGGCGGCGGCCGUCACACUGAUGGCACGCGACAAGCAGACUCCAAAGCUGUGCGGACAGGUGCUCAUCUACCCCGUGUUGGACAUGAAGCGUAACGAGGAAAAGUACUACUCGCGAGUGGUGAACCAGGAGGGCUACCUCAUGCCCAUGAGCUUCUUCCGUUGGUUCAGCGGCAAGUACUGCCACCAGGACGACGUGGACAACAUAUACGCCAGUCCAAUCAGAGCGGCCAGCAGCUCCAAUCUGGGCCUGUCCGAUCUGCCCCAGGCCCACGUCAUCACUGCGGGCCACGACCCAUUCUGUGACGAGGGUGAGCUCUACGUCAAGAAGUUGCGCUCAUCUGGCGUGCACGUCAACCACACACGCUACACCAACUCUCCACACGGAUUCUUUGCCAUUGGUCUUGACGAGUCGAAUGAGGCAGUAAUGGAGGUGUCCAUUGCUCUCAAGUAUAUGUUCCAAAAGAGAAGAUAA